AUGGCGCCGCCCGCCGCCCGCCUCGCCUUGCUCUCCGCCGCCGCGCUCACACUGGCGGCCCGGCCCGCGCCCAGCCCCGGCCUCGGCCCCGGACCCGAGUGUUUCACAGCCAAUGGUGCAGAUUAUAGGGGAACGCAGAACUGGACGGCUCUGCAAGGCGGGAAGCCAUGUCUGUUCUGGAACGAGACUUUCCAGCAUCCGUACAACACUCUGAAAUACCCCAACGGGGAGGGCGGCCUGGGUGAGCACAACUAUUGCAGGAACCCGGAUGGAGAUGUGAGCCCCUGGUGCUAUGUGGCAGAACAUGAGGAUGGCGUCUACUGGAAGUACUGUGAGAUUCCUGCCUGCCAGAUGCCUGGAAACCUUGGCUGCUACAAGGACCACGGAAACCCACCUCCUCUAACUGGUGCCAGCAAAACAUCCAACAAACUCACCAUCCAAACCUGCAUCAGCUUUUGUCGGAGUCAGAGGUUUAAGUUCGCUGGGAUGGAAUCAGGCUACGCGUGCUUCUGCGGGAACAAUGCCGACUACUGGAAGUACGGGGAGGCCGCCAGCACCGAGUGCAACAGCGUCUGCUUUGGGGACCACACUCAGCCAUGUGGUGGCGAUGGCAGGAUCAUCCUCUUUGACACUCUUGUUGGCGCCUGCGGUGGAAACUACUCAGCCAUGACUUCCGUGGUCUACUCCCCUGACUUUCCUGACACCUACGCCACGGGGCGGGUCUGCUACUGGACCAUUCGGGUGCCCGGAGCCUCCCACAUCCACUUCAACUUCACCUUAUUUGACAUCAGGGACUCAGCGGACAUGGUGGAGCUGCUGGAUGGCUACACCCACCGCGUCCUGGUCCGUUUCAACGGGAGAAACCGCCCACCUUUGUCCUUUAAGGUCUCUCUGGAUUUCGUCAUCUUAUAUUUCUUCUCCGAUCGCAUCAAUCAGGCCCAGGGCUUUGCUGUCUUAUACCAAGCCGUCAAGGAAGAGCCGCCACAGGAGAGGCCCACUGUCAACCAGACCCUGGCCGAGGUGAUCACAGAGCAGGCCAACCUCAGCGUCAGCGCUGCCCACUCCAAGGUCCUCUACGUCCUCACCACCAGCCCCAGCCACCCACCGCAGACCGUCCCAGGUAGCCACUCCUGGGCACCGACCGUAGGGGCCGUCGGCCGUCGCGUGGAAGGAUGGACAGUGUAUGGCCUGGCAACCCUCCUCAUCCUCACAGUCACCGCCAUUGUCGCAAAGAUUCUGCUGCAUGUCACAUUCAAAUCCCAUCGUGUUUCUGAGUCAGGGGACCUCAGGGACUGCCACCAACCAGCGGCUUCAGGGGAAAUCUGGAGCAUUUUUUAUAAGCCUUCCACUUCCAUCUCCAUCUUUAAGAAGAAGCUCAAGGGUCAGAGUCAACAAGAUGAUCGGAAUCCCCUUGUAAGUGACUAGAACCCCACGCAGGACGCAGGACGCAAGGUGUCUCUGGCUGAAGGCUGCUGGGGUUGACCCUCCCCUUGUGUUUCUCCCAACUCUUCCCUGCCUCUCUCUGCCCGGCCUGCUGAGGGAGUCCUCCUGCGCACUGAAGAGGAGCCCCAUGCUACCUGGAGGGCAGAGCCCAGAGGCCAACUGCUUUAGCACCUGCAUUUAGGAGAAAGGCCCAGGGCCCAGGGCCCCGCCCUUCCUGUCUCUCUCUGGCCCAGCAGAGGGGUGUUGAGACAGUGGAGCUGAGACGAGAGAGGUGUUUGGGCUGGCAGUAGGCUCAGGUCAUUCAAGAUGACUGUUGGGUGGUGGGUAGGUUUAGUGUGUGAGUUUUUCUUGCUUCUCCUCUGCUUUGUCCACACACAGAUCAGUCUCCCCCUGGUCUUUACAGUUUGGAGCAGGACAGACUGGAAGCAUGCUCAGGUUCUCUAGAGGUUGGCCCGCUCACCUGCGUGUGUGGCCUCUGAAGUCCGUGCUAGCCGGGGCCUUGUUCUCUGGAUGCCGCCCAGCCCGGGCACACGUGGGCAGAAGGUCCAUGGGCACAUGGUCCUCGUCCAUGUGCUUCUUGCUAGAGGCUUCUUUCCAAAGCUCAGCGGCCUGGAUAGUGAGCUGGAGGAAGGCAGAUGAGCCCAGGAGGCUUUUGUAACUGCUUGUGAACUGGGUUUAUCUGGCCUGGCCCCAGCAGCUGGUGGUUCUGUGGAGCCUGAGCCCGGCCAGUCUCCCAGGUCCUGUCAGCCAACUCUCCGUUCAGAACAGGGAGUAUAAAGACUCUGGUGUAGCCUUUCGGGUGGCAUGUGUGGGCUGGGCUGUGGGGCCUGUGUGCCCAUGUGAAAUCCAUCCCAGAAGCUGGGGACCAGGCAGGUUAGGAAGGGAGAAGCUCCCUGCCCCACACCCCCUUGCCCUCCGGCAGGAGUGGACGAAGGUUGGUGAGGACAGAGAGGUGUCAGGAACUGGAGACCCUCCAAGACUGAGCCAGGCGCGCAAUCCGUGUCCUCGGGCUGGGAGCAUUAAGUGCCUUCUCUAACUUAGAGGCUCUGCCAUGGGAAGGGGCUCUUUAACAGCAUCUGAGGAGGGCAGCCCAGGCCUGGACCUUUGUCAGCAUGUGGCUUUCCUGCUGAACUCAAGCCCUGGUGCAGAUUGUGCCUCUGGCCUCCUGGAUUUCCUCCCCACCUCCCCCAGGUGCCUAAGCCCCUGCCCUUCCUGGGGUCCUGAAUGGAAGGCAGUAAUGAGGCUAGCUGGGAAGUGCCUGCAGAGAGACACCAGGAGGCCACGAAAGUCCAGGAGAAGUGACCAUUCACAGAGAAGAGACAGUGUGUCCCUAGGUGGCCUGGGACACUGGCCCAGCACCUAGGAGGGCCUGCGGAGGGCACAGAGCACUGGGUGCCGACCUCACACUUUGAUCUAGAGAGGGUGGUCACCCUAGAGCAGCUGUCCACAGGACCCUGGGUCUGAGAAUCAAGCACCACUGGAAAUAGACUGGCGCCUGCACUCUGCCGUCCCAGCUCCCCGUGGCUUUUGAGGAAUCUCCUCUACAAUGCGAGCGUCUGCUGUGUGUCGUUACAGAGGGCUUGUUCUCUGAGCUGGCCCCGUACAGCCCAGAGAGCGUGGGAUCUGGCCAUGGAAAGGCUCGGCUGCCCACAGGUCUACCACCCUCCCCCUCAUGCCUUCCCUCCCCCCCAUCUCAUCUCAGAGCCAGGGAGGCCAAGCCCCAGCAGGGGGCUGCAGCUGACCAGCCCUUUCUCAGAGCCCCAGAAGGGCAGGGGGUGACCCUGUGCUCAUCCUGCUCCUCUGGGCUCAGCUCCCCAAACAGGAAACCCAAACCCACCUCAGAACAGCAUAGGGGACAGAGGCCAUAAAUUGUCCGGGCCCAACUCUGUCACUGCACCACCAUGGGCUCUCUCAGGAUCAGCCAGCAGCACCCCACAGAGCCCCUGAGCUGGUGGAGAUCCUGGUGGAGGAGAGGAGCCCGAGGAGGGUGGAGAGACUCAAAGGGGACCGGGGGGAGCGGGUGCUGGCAGCAGUCCGGCCACCCAGUCUCCGGUGGCCGUGCCCCGCGUCAGCAGGUGGGAGGCGCGGGGUGCCUGGGCGCUCCCCCACUUGGCUUGCCUCUGGCGAAGCAGAGGAUGAGCAGGGACGUGCCCGUGCCUCCCCCUCACCUCUCAGGACGAAGUGGGGGGCCAGGUGACUGGGCUGCUCUUCCCUCAAGUGUGGGCUCCAGCUCCAGACUCCAACCCAGCCAGAAGCCCCCAGGACCAGAGCCCUGGCCCCAGGCCCACCCUAGGCAGAAGUCAGCCUACCCUGGAUCCAGCCCAGGCUGCUUGCCUGACACCUACAGGCCAUCCCCGGCCCCCAGGGCCACCGCGCACUGAAUCUUCACAAGCACUUAGAAGUGGACGGCCUCCAGGACCCAGCCUCCCUGCCCGCUGGGGCCAGGCCAGGACCCCCACUCCGCGGCCCUGGCACCUGGCACCUGCUUGAGUUUUCCACUCUUGGCUCAGCUUGAUGUUUUGAUGUCUGCUUUUGUUACUACCUUUUGAUGUUUUCCUGGUGUCUUUGUUUACUUUCCUCAUUGUUCUACCUCCUGGCCAGGUCUCAGCUCAGCUGCUCUGGCAGGAGGGGUGUGUCAAACCUUGCAGCCCGGCUGUGGCCCGGCCCUUCAGGAGGUCUGGGCUCCAGACCCCAGGCAGGGCCUACACACUCACCAGACAGAAGCAGGCAUGGGGGACAGUCAGGCAAAUGUCCCCUUUGGGACGAGUGUCCUUAGGUCAGAGGCUAGAAGUCCCUUUUCUGUCUGCACGGGGAGCUGCUGUCCUUGGGGUCUGCGUGGCGCCACACCCAAACUCACCUUCCAGCCGGGAUUUUGACUUCAGAUGACAAGGCUUUAUUUGUAAAUAUGCUCUUAAUAUGCAACUUUGAGAAUAAAAUAGAAACAUCAUGUAUUUUAAAAUAUAAAAUGAAGUGUGACGCACUGUAUACAAUUUAAUAUAUAUAUUUUUAGCAUUUUGUUAUUUAAGAAAAAGGAAUGUAAUGGUACUUAACUUUUACAAAAGAGAGAAAAAAUGUUAUUUUUACCGUCUGGAGAAAAUAAAUAUUCUCAUUGUUGUAGAAACAG